CUCAUGCAUUUGCCUUUGCCCAUUUAAACUCAAUCAACCCCCAACAAUCUCCAAACCAAUCCAUCUCUCUCUCUCUCUCUGUUCCGCUCUCUGCAACAGCCAUGGUGGUCUUAUCUCAGCCAGCACAAGACAAUUUCUCUUUCAUCAAGACAUGCAAACCAACCUCCAGCCUUUUCACUGGAAUUCCAGUAAUAGACCUCUUACACCCUCACGCAGAGACACAGAUAGUUAAGGCUUGUGAGGAAUAUGGGUUCUUCAAGGUGGUCAACCAUGGAAUAUCAAUGGAGUCCGUGACUUCAUUAGAAGCUGAAACUAUUAAGUUCUUCAAGCUACCACAGUCUGAGAAAGACAAAGCUAGCUCUCCUAACCCUUUUGGAUAUGGUAACAAGAGAAUUGGUCUAAACGGUGAUGUUGGUUGGAUAGAGUACCUUCUCUUCAGCACCAACCCUGAAAUCAUUUCCCAGAAAUCUCUCUCCAGUUUCCCGGGAAAUCCAGAAUUUUUCUGGUCUCUAGUGAAUGAUUAUGUAUCAGCUGUGAGAAAUAUGGCCAGUGAAGUGUUGGAAAUGAUAGCUGAUGGGUUGAAGAUUGGGCCAAGGAAUGUGUUGAGUAGGCUUUUAAGGAAUGAAAAGAGUGACUCUUGUUUCAGGCUAAAUCAUUACCCACCAUGUCCAGAGCUUCAAGCUUUGAGUGAUCGAAGUUUGAUUGGGUUUGGAGAGCACACAGACCCACAAAUAAUAUCUGUUGGGAGAUCUAACAACACAUCAGGACUGCAAAUCUCUCUCAGAGAUGGGACAUGGGUUUCUGUCCCACCUGAUCAGUACUCCUUUUUCAUCAAUGUUGGUGAUUCCUUGCAGGUAAUGACUAAUGGGAGGUUUAGGAGUGUAAGGCAUAGAGUUUUGGCUGACAAUUUGUCAUCAAGAGUGUCGAUGAUCUACUUUGGAGGGCCACCUUUGUGUGAAAAGAUAGCACCUUUACCUUCACUAAUGGAGGAAGGAGAAGAAAGUCUGUACAAGGAGUUCACAUGGUGUGAAUACAAGAAAGCAGCUUACAAAACAAGGUUGGCUGAUGAUAGGCUGGGGCUGUUUAAAAAGUCUGCAGGCCAAUGAUGGGGUCAAAUAUGAAAUAACCAGAAUUUAGGGUUUUUCAAAUAUCUAAAAAUAGGGUUUGAAAAGGUUUGACUCCUUCCGCCUGC